GAGGCGCGGGAAGAGCCGGGCGCGGGGAGAACGGGAAACCGUGGUGUUUGGGGCAGGGCCGGGAGCGAGGGAAUACGGGAAGGUGAAGGGAGAGCAGGGGGAGCGGCGAGCUGGAGGGUCUGUGACGGGGUGGCGGUGCGUGAGGCGCCCCGUGCUGUGCGGAGGGGCUCCGCUGCGCCUCGCGCCUCCUCGGCCCGCGCGCUGCCCUCAGGCGCCCCGCGCGGCGCGGCGCCAUGUCCGCCUCCAGGCUCUUCACCCUCGUGCUGGUGGUGCAGCCGUCCCGCGUCCUUCUGGGCAUGAAGAAACGCGGGUUCGGGGCCGGGCUCUGGAACGGCUUUGGAGGAAAAGUGCAGCCGGGAGAGAGCAUCGAGGAUGCUGCGCGCAGGGAGCUCCUGGAAGAGAGCGGGCUGACUGUGGACACCUUGCAGAAGAUGGGUCAGAUCACUUUUGAAUUUAUAGGCAACUCUGAACUGAUGGAAGUUCACGUUUUCCGAGCGGAUCAGUUUCAUGGAGAGCCAAAGGAAAGCGAUGAAAUGCAGCCUCAGUGGUUUCAACUGGAUGAGGUGCCGUUCAAACAAAUGUGGCCAGAUGAUGUCUUUUGGUUCCCAUUGGUGCUUCAGAGAAAGUUGUUUCGUGGCUACUUUAAGUUCCAAGGACAAGACACCAUUGUGGAACACACCCUGAAAGAAGUGGAGGAAGUUUAAGAGGAAGGCAGAAGCAUUCAUUCCACGUGCUGCUGCCCACAUUGGGCUGGGACACCACAAGUGCUUCCAGGGGGCUCCUUUCUCAGCUCCCCCGCAAGAAGAGGCUGACUGCCAGCUCACAGGGAAGUAAAGAAAAUAAGGGGAUUUCUUAGAGCAGAAAUAAACAUAGUAAGAAUUUCCAUGCUGUGAAGUCCCUAUGAUAUGCCUGAGUAGUUACUUGAUUACAACUCUCAAGAAAUGGAGGGCUAACAGGAAGUUCUCAUAUUGUUAAUAUAUUUGGGUUUUUCAUCAUGGCUAAAAACAUUUUUAGAAAAUUAAAGUGUUUUUUCAGCAAAAGCAUGUGUUGUCCCAUUGUAAACAGCUGCCAGGUUUCUGGAUGGUUGAUGGGCUUCUCUGCAGACUGCUUCCUUUUAUAGAAGUAUGUUUGCUGUCUCUCUCAGGCUAAUAGCAAAAGCUAUCGAGCAUCUUCUCUGUAUCAGCUUUUAUGCAGUUCCAUAUUCAGCAUUAUUUCCCAGGAGAAAGCAAGGCUUGGUAAGUGCUGUGAGAGCCCUUGGAAAAGCUCUGGUAGAGCUCCCUUCCAGAUUCUCCAGCUCAGAUUUGCAUAAAUUUGUACAAGUCAAGAAAACAACUUCUGCUAGAGCUGUCCUGUUUGAGCUCUGCCUUCAGUGUGCAGUUCCUGCUGUCAGCUUGGAUAUACAGACAGGUAGAAACACACUGAACAAAAUCCCACCUUUCAGCAACUCCAU